AACUAACCAACAUGAGCAAUUUGCAACCAGACGACAGUCCUGAAGACGAAGGAUCUCUUCUUGAAUUUGAACAUUUAGAAUCGACAUUACCCCCAGGGUUGCGUCGAUCUGCAUCGUCAUUAUUCGAAGCAAUUCAGCUGUCUCCUGCACCACCCCUGUCGGGCCCCAGUGGGACCAACAUUGCCUCCAUCGGCCACCAUGCUCCUCCUUCACUUGCCCAACCGCAGCCUCACUUGAGCUUGAUUGCCGACCGAGACAAUCGAUUCAGAAGUCCCAGCGCCCACGGCAGCAGAACUUCCCUGCAGAACCCCAACUUGCGUAAUGUCAAUCUUCGUCAAUCGUUGAUUUCAAAAUUGUCUCGCAGUGAACAUGGUGAUGUUGCUACCCCAAUUCCCUUGCCACGUCCUCGAUUCAAUGAAGAGGUGUUUAAACCGGCCAUCAACACUAAACAGUCGUCUACUGGGGUGUUGUGGGCCACUGAACGUGCUACUGAGUAUGGGUUCAAUUCAGAAAGUGUCGCCGAUUGGGCUAACUUAGGCCAAGGUGCUCCUGAACACGGUGAUACCGUCCCGGGGUCUUUUAUCCGUCCUAAAUCUGUGCCAAUUACUGACCAAAGUAAAGAGUAUGCUCCUACAGCCGGUGUAAAAGUGUUACGAGAAGCGGUUGCAAAUUACUACAACCAAACCUAUCGUGAAGGCAAGCAAUCGCAAUAUACAUACAAGAACGUGUGUAUUGUCCCUGGUGGAAGAGCUGGGUUAACGAGAAUUGCUUCCAUUAUCAGUGAUUGUUACUUGUCGUUCUUUUUGCCCGACUACACUGCUUACGCAGAAAUGCUUUCCCUUUUCAAGAACUUUGCUCCUAUUCCUGUGCCAUUGAAUGAACUGGAUAAUUAUGAAAUCCAUUUGAAAAUGAUUAAAGACGAAUUGACCCGUGGUGUCAGUGCUUUGUUGACUUCCAACCCUCGUAAUCCUACCGGUAGAUGCAUGGAACGGUCCCAAUUGCAGCAAUUGCACCACAUGUGUCGGGAAAAGUGUCUUUUAAUCAUGGAUGAGUUCUACUCUCACUAUUACUACGAUGAAGGCUGUACUGGGUCUUCCAUCAGUUCCGCCAUGUUUGUCGAAGAUGUCAAUCGCGACCCCGUGCUUAUUCUUAACGGGUUGACAAAAGCGUUCAGAUUGCCCGGUUGGAGAAUAUGCUGGAUCUUGGGUCCAGAAGAGUAUAUCGAUGCCUUGAGUUCAGCUGGGUCGUUCUUGGACGGUGGGUCCAAUGCACCUUUGCAAUAUGCGGCUGUGUCCAUGCUUGAACCCUUGCGUGUACGUCAAGAAAUGAAGGCGUUGCAAUUACACUUUAAGAUGAAGCGUGACUAUGUGAUUAACAGAUUGACAAAGAUGGGAUUCAAGUUUAAUGAACGGUCUAUUCCAAACUCGACGUUCUACUUGUGGUUAAACUUAUCCCAUUUGCCGGGAAAGUUGAGCAACUGUUUGGGAUUCUUCCAUGAAUGUUUGCACGAAAAGGUCAUUGUUGUUCCUGGCUUCUUCUUUUUGAUUAACCCUCAGAAUUUGAGUCAUUUGGAAGAAGUAAUUUGGUAUAACUAUGUGAGAAUCAGUUAUGGGCCCGAGUUUAAACAGUUGGAGUUGGGUAUGGAUGGUAUUGAACGGAUAUUGGCCAGAUUCGGAUGUUUACCUUAUGAAAUUAAGCAUUAGCUGUAGCAAUCUAAAAAAAUCGUUUUGUAUUUACUGUAUAUCUAAACUCGCAAAUACUAAUUGCGGUAUUUCUUUUUCAAUC